GAAAGUGAAAGGUGUAUUUAUUGAAAUGCUCUCUUGGAGGGCAAGGAGGAAAAUAACGAUAUUUUAUUUCCAGUGCAUGUGUCUGUGUGUGGUGGCUGGCUUGUAGCAUACGUGUCGUCUCCCCUUUUCUCUUAAGCCUCGAUAUUUAAGAAUCAACCGAGCGCUAUCCAUCUGCUCGCAUUCUGCUGCAAACUAGGAUGAGCCACCAGCACAACAACCAUCACUUCACGUUAAUUUAACCUCUGUCUCUCUGACCCACCGGUCUGUCGCGGUCCCUGCUUUGCCUGCCUGAGAUGCUAUUUCAUUCUCCCUUUUCCCGGAGAGUAUCGUCCGUUACACCCCACUGAAAUAGCAUGCCUGAGACCGGGGCGACGGGAGCAGCAGCUGCAGCUGCCAGUAUCAGCUCCUCCGACAGCAGAGACGGCACCGAGGGCUUUUGGCACAGACACCGAUCGCAACGCGAGGGAGAAAAGACAGAUCCAAGUGCUGCCUCCUCGCUGCAAACGUCCUCCGGUGUACUGGAUAAGUUAUUUGGGAAGCGACUGCUGCAGGCUGGGCGGUACAUAAUGUCUCAUAAAUCCUGGAUGAAGACCGUGCCCACUGAGAACUGUGACAUCCUCAUGACUUUCUCAGACCAGACAGAUGACCACACGUUGCUAUGGCUACUGAACCACCUGCGUCUGGGCAUUCCGGAACUCAACAUCCAGAUCCGACAUCACAAACGCACGCGCGUCCAUGCCUUCUUCGUCACGGCAACCUAUGAGAAUCUGUUGCGUGGGGCAGAGGAGAUGGGUCUGAGGAAAUCAGUGAAGCCAGAGUUUGGGGGAGGAACACGCAGCUUCUCCUGUGAAGAAGACUACAUCUAUGAGAACAUUGAGAGUGAACUAUGCUUCUUCACAUCACAGGAGAGGCAAAGCAUCAUCAAGUACUGGCUCGACAAUCUACGUGCCAAGAAUGGAGAGGUGCUUCACAACAUACAGUUCCUGGAGGGACAGCCAAUCAUCCCAGAGCUAAGUGUGCGGGGCGUGAUCCAGAAGGUGUUUCCGCUCCAUGAGCAGAGGAUCCUCAGUCAGCUGAUGAAGUACUGGGUGCAGGCCGUGUGUGAAAAACAGCCACUAGAUGAUAUUCAUGAUUACUUUGGGGUGAAGAUAGCCAUGUACUUUGCCUGGCUGGGGUUCUACACCACAUCUAUGCUGUAUCCAGCUGUCAUAGGCUUUGUGCUCUGGAUUCUGACGGAGUCUGAUCAGACAAGUCGUGAUAUCUGCUGUGUAGUGUUUGCUCUGUUCAACGUGGUGUGGGCCACGCUGUUCCUGGAGAGGUGGAAGAGAAGGGGGGCGGAGCUAGCCUAUAAGUGGGGUACGCUGGAUACCCCUAACGAGUCCCUAGAGGAACCACGGACACAGUUUAUGGGCGUAAAGCGGUGCAGUCCCAUAACAGGCUGUGAGGAGUUAUACUACUCUCCGUGGAGGAGGAGGAUGUUCAGGUGGCUGGUCAGCCUGCCCAUCUGUAUCCUUUGUCUCUGCUUUGUCUUCCUGGCCAUGCUCAUCUGCUUUGAGCUGCAGGAGUUUGUGAUGGGGAUCAAGGAGGUACCACGCUUGGCCAGGUUCAUCCCUAAGAUCAUGCUGGCCAUCACUGUGACUGCCUGUGACGAGGUGUACCGGAAGAUAGCCUGCUGGCUCAACGACAUGGAAAACUACAGACUCCAGAGUGCCUAUGAGAAAAAUCUCAUCAUCAAAAUGGUUCUUUUUCAGUUUGUAAAUUCUUAUCUCAGUCUUUUCUACAUUGGAUUCUACCUCAGAGACAUGGAGCGCCUGAAAGAGAUGCUGGCCACCCUUCUGAUCACCAGGCAGUUUGUCCAGAACGUGAAAGAGGUGCUGCAGCCUUACCUGUACGAGCGCCAUAAGCUGGGCGAGCUCACCCUGCACGGCGUCUGGGACCUGCUCCUCUCAGCACUGCUCAAGUACUGCCGGCUGGCCGCAGGAAAGGCCCAGGCUUCACCCACCGACCAGGCCGUACCGAGCCACGGCCUGAGGGGAACCAGAUCCGGGGUGGAACAGCCUGGCCGCAGGGAGAAGAAGUGUCUGAACGGGGGAUGUGGGGUGCCUGACGAGAAGGAGAGGGAGGAGGGAGACAGCGGGAGGUUCAGUGAGGGAGAGAACGAGGAGUUGAUAGACUGUGGCCUGAAGCUGAGGAAGGUUAGCUUCAUAGAGAAGGUGGACAGGAAGUUGUCUGGAGGGGGCUGCGUCCCUACAAUAGAGGAUAGUUUCCUGGAGGAUGGCAGCCCCACCAUGGUGGAGAAGGGGAUGGACCCGGCCUCGGUGUUCGAGACUUAUGAUGAUGCCGAUGACAAUGAGAUGAAGGACACGGGUGGUUUGGCCAAUGAAAGUGUGGCAGCUGCCCCACUGCCUUCUGGGCCGGAGAGCACGGUGAGGGUGCGUCAUCACAGAAGGCAGAGGAGUUUGGAGAGACUAGACUCUGAGACCAAGAGGGAGUCGUGGAUCAACCCCCCAGAGGAGCAAGAGAGUACGAUUCUGGCACAGGCUGAGAUUGAGAGCUGCAUGCAGACUUAUGAGGACACCUUCCAGGACUACCAGGAGAUGUUUGUCCAGUUUGGCUAUGUGGUUCUCUUCUCCUCAGCCUUCCCCUUGGCGGCCAUGUGUGCUCUCAUUAACAACAUCAUAGAGAUCCGCAGCGAUGCCUUAAAGCUCUGUACCGGCCUGCAGAGGCCCUUUGGUCAGAGGGUGGAGAGCAUCGGACAGUGGCAGACAGCAAUGGAAGCCAUGGGUCUAAUCGCCAUCAUAGUCAACUGUUACCUGAUUGGUCAGUGUGGUCAGCUGCAGCGACUCUUCCCCUGGCUCAGCCCUGAGAUGGCCAUCAUCUCCAUUGUCAUCCUCGAACACUUUGCCAUCCUGCUGAAGUACAUCAUUCACGUAGCGAUCCCAGAUAUCCCCAGCUGGGUAGGAGAGAAGAUGGCAAAACUGGAGUACCAACGCAGGGAGGCCUUUAAGAGGCACGAGCGGCAAGCACAGCAACACUAUCAACAGCUACAGAGGAGGAAGAGAGAGGAGGAGGAGAGGCAGAGGCAGGUGGAGUAUCAGGCUCGCAGGGAAAGGGAGAGAGAUGAGGGGAAGGACUCCUCUGGGGGAGACCACCACGACAAGAGCCAUAGGGCGAAGUCCCGCACUGGAGGGGGUGGAGGGGGGGACAAGCCCAAGAGGCCCAGCUCCCUCUUGGCCAACAACAAUGUGAUGAAGCUCAAACAAAUCAUCCCCUUACAGAACAAGUUCUCCUCAAGCAGCACGCGCUCCCCUCAAUCUCCCACCGGAAACGAACCUAAGCUCCCCGGGUUCCUUAGCUUCAAAUUCCUCAAGUCGCCCGAGAAUAAGAAGGAAGCGGCAGCGACUGCUGCUGCAGUAGCGGCAGCCACGGCAACGAAUAACACGAUGUCUGCGACCGUCCCAAGUGGUAACCAGGAGUGGUCUCAGUCGCCAAGCAAGUCAUUCAACCCGGGGAAACUGUUUAACUUUGGGAAGUCGGAGGGGGGCUCCUGUGUGAAUGGGAUCCAGUUACCCCGACCAGGAGAGGGGUCCCAGGUGUCUGACAAACAGCUCACCAAGUCUGACCUGAAUGGGGUGACGGGCGAGAGCCGUUCACCUGGAGGGGACGCAGGGGAGAACGAACACCACACAGACUCCUCGGACCGUAAAGUCUAGUCUCUCUUUGGAAAGAGAUAAUAAACUGCUGUGAGAACUUAACUUGAUAUAUCUACUACAAGGAAAAAAUAAGUGGGGUGAAAUGGCCAAGCCUCUCCAUGCUGUCUGAUGUUGUGUAUGUAGACACUGCCUAGAGGCUGUGAGGGGAAUGGGCUGAUGGUGAUGAUGAUGAUAACCCGUGCGUGUAUAGAGACACACAUACCUCACUUUUGUCUGCAAUACAUAUAUAGACAUGCAUGGGCUGUAUUUCUAAAACUUUUUGGGGAAAAAGGGAGAGCAGUUUAUCUUGAUUUUAUUCUCAUCUGAAAAUUUUAAUCAUCUUGGUGGCCAUUUUGCCACUGAAACAUAAUAGCUUGGUUUUGGGGGAGAGAAGGAAAAACAUUUAUCAAAGGCAUAAUGAGACCUUUCGUAGCAUCCACAAAAUGGUCGCCUGAUCUCAUACAAAUUUUGAACUAUGAAGGCCUAUCAGCUUUUCUACUUAAACGAAGCGGCUUUGCUAGCCAUGCAAUAUCAAUCAGUGUUUAAAAUUUGGGCAGUACUGCAAAACGUGAAGUUCAUUCUCAUCAGCCUCAUCUCCCAUUUAAAGACAUACAUGAAGUGCUAUGAGCUUUAUUUACAAAGCAAAAAGAACCACCCGAGCUUACCUCCCAAGAAAACAACAGGAAUAUCUGAAGUGUAUGUCUGACAGUGAGAGUGGAUGUUGUGAAAGACCGAGAUGAAAGUCGUUUGAUAAAAGACAACCAACACAUACUGUCUCGUAUCAGUAUGUGUUCUAGGGAGAGAGGAAAAGAAAGAGAGGGAGAGAAUGACAGUUGUUUUGACUGAUGCCUGCCCAGGAAACUGAGAGUCCGAUGAAGGAAGAUGCCACAGGAUGUUGACAUGGAUGUGUGUGUAGACUAGGCAGUGUACAGUAUGUGCUAUGUAGAGUUUGGGUUACUGUAGUCUACUGUGUGCCAUUCUAAUAUCUCCCCAUUCAAGCCGGUAGAGAGACACAUUAUAGACAGUAUACUAAUCCUGGCACUGCAUUUCAACACAAAGAUCUGAGUAGAUUAGUGAGAUAGAAAGAGAGAACAUUUGCACUAAACCCCGAAGUACUGCACUGAGACAGCAGAGCUUGUUCUGCAGCUGUAAGGAAGGACCAUACCAGCCUGGCUCAUAACACAACCUAACAUAUGCAAACACUUGCUUUUUUUAUCGCUAGUAUUUUAUACUGAUGCUGUUGUUAUUUCAUUUGGAUGGCUGAUGAUCCCAAUCAUUCGAGAGCUGACAUAUAUUUUACUUCACCUUGUGUCUUUGGGGACAUAUGUCAUUUGGGAUGUUGCCAAAGCAGUACCUUUCUGGCAUGUGAGAACAUAGUUACAUUUCUGGAGAUCCCAGAUUUCUAAAUUCCUUUUAUAAGAAAAUCCAAAGGGAUUAUUCAACCAUCUUUAUUUUCUAUAAUGUGGCCAGAGGAUGGUGCCAAGAGAACAAGAAAGUGGUUUAUACGUCUCUAAUUUAGAGUACGAUGGCAUUGUCCUUGGAUACUGAUCAGCAGUCAGUUGUGUGUCCCCCAUCCCUACUGUUAAAUUUUGGAUUUGGGGAAGGUAAUCUAACAUUAGAUCUGUGCUUAUAAACUCAUAGUACAUCCAGUCUUCUUCAUUGAAGAGAAGAACCACUGCAAUUCACAGCAGAGAUUCAGCACAGAGACAUGCAGUAAACUAACUGUGCACCUCCACGUCAUCCUCUUUGGCUAGGAUCUUUGCAAUAAUAUAGUAUUGGAGGGACAUAGUGGCUCAGCCAUAUACACUAGUCUUCUACUGGUCCAUGCCUUAGCCAACUGCAUCUCUUGUUCCACCACCUACAUUUUUCGAUCUCCUCCACCUGACCUGGCUUCUCAGUGUGGGUAUUAACAUCUCAUCUCUCCUCUCUCCAUCUGGGCUGAACCAGACACACACCUGUCUCCCUUCUGAAAUAGGAAACCUAAUCUAAGGAAGCUUCCCUGGUACACUGUCCUUUUCAUCUCUCUCUGUGCUUUAAAUAUGAGACGAGGUUACCUAAAAUGCCUAUCAAAUAUGAAUUUUGGCAAAAACAUGCAUAAACUUUAAUUUUGCAUGGAUUGCCUUGCUGUAAUUAUACAAGAUACAAAAUAAUGUCAUGCUUCUGCAAUGAAACUCUAUGGUAUUUCAGCCUGGUCUCAUAGACUAGACAUAACAUAGUACAUGUACAUCCGGGACACUCAAGUUAGUAUGAUAUAUUAUGUUUAGUAUGGUUACUUAUCUCAUCAUGGACAAUUUAUAGUUAAUUAGCAACUUGAACUACUUACUACUUUUUAGCUACUUUGCAACUACGUAGCGUAUUAGAUAACCCUUCCCCUAACCCUUUAGGCUAACCCUUCCCCUAAUCUUAAUCCUUUUAGCAAACCCCAACCCUUUAACCUUAACCCCUAGCCUAGCUACAGAAUGAUAAGAAAUGCUCUGAGACCAGGUUGAGUAUUUUCAUGCAUAUGAUUGAAACAAUGAGUAUUGAGCUCUGACUGACUGAACUAGUACUGGUAGUAGUAGUGACAUGAGAAUGUAUUUGAGCUGAAAAGGCACUUCAAGGAAACAGAAAGAGCAGUUGUUUGUGACCUUAUCAUUACAUUUCGCUCUCACUCUACAGCCAUUAAGUAAUUCUGUACAAAUAACAAGGAAACCAUUUGGUUACUAUCAUCGUCACCAUACAUUUGUGAAUAAUGCCAAAUAACUAGGCCAUGGAUGACACGGAUUGAGACAUGAUUUCAAUUUUGUUCUCUUUUACUGCAGCUGCUUAGUCGGACACAUUUGGAAGUGUUUGAUUAGGUUUUCUGUCAUAGACUAUUGUUAGUAACAGUCAUCCAUGGUACACCUGUCUGCCGCAGCUCUGGAACCAGACUAGGUUGGUUUCUUUGUUUCACCUUUGAUACAGGUUGUAUCUUCGUAGUUCUGAAUGGCUUCCUCUAUUUCCCUGAUCUGAAAGAAAUGGACAAGCUAAAGCAAAUUCCCAGCAGGCAACUAACAUGUUGCUUUUACCUGUCUGGUAUUUUCAGAUAAGUGCCGAUGAUGGAAAGGAGACGAGGAGCUCAGGCCAUGUUAGUAAGACUAUCGAGAUGCAGCCUGCCUUGGAUCAGUGGCCGUCCAUGUCCUUUGGCCUCACUAAACACGUUGACCCUUUUAUCAGACAGAGCUACUUCGAAGUAGUGAAAUGGUUCAUGUCAGUAUCAAUGCAACUAUACGUAUUUUAAAACUGUAAGGAAGUACUCUGAAAGAGUUUACCUUUUGAUGUUCUAUCAUUGCACUGCUUAGUUACAAAUAUUACAAGGGUUACGAGAAGAGAACUGAUGCCGUGUUUAGACUUGACAGUUGGACUUGACAGUUCAGUUUUAAUAUCCGAUCAGAGUUCUGGAUCAUGGUAUUACGAAUGCGUCGUGUCUACACCUAUAUUUAAAUGUGUCUACCGUGUCCGGAUUCCCUUAUCCCACGCUACAUUCAAAUGCCAGUAUGCAUUAUACAAAACUUGGAAUAGGCCAAAUAUGAUACCAACACAACAACUGAUGGCAGUAGCUAGCCAGCUAACCUCUGUAGCUAGCCAGCAAGCAACGCUAAAGGAAUUGCAAACAGGUUAGCUAGCUGGCGAGCAUUCAGGAGGCCAGCAAACACAUUCCUUGCACGCUAGGAAUGUAUUUCCUCCAACUUUAUAAUGAAAAGAUCCCUCUCAGUUCCAAAACAUACGUUUUCUGGGGACUUGUGGGAGGAGUGCUGUUGAUGCCGUGAAGUGGAUGUGUGGAGGUGUACGGGUGUACUGUACAGCUACCAGUAUGUAGAACCCUUCCCUUAAACCUCUUAACUAAAUUUUAAAAAACAUAUUCACAACAGCCUCACUGACAAGACAUCAUGUUCUCUUCCAAUGUACCACUGUACAAAAAAAAUCUUUAUUUUCAAGAAAAAUAUAAUACUGGGAAAUGGGAUUAUUUAUUUUAUUUUGUCAUUUUUUGUAAGAUUUGAAAAUAGAUAAUAAAACAAAUGUAAACUGAAA